UAUCUUAUGACGUCAUCAACAGGGUUACUGAAAUCCUGUAAAACGACCUCACCACUGGGAAUGAUAUCCGGAAAGAUCCGGGAUGAUCAGAUUACGUCAUCAUCUGUCCUUCCCCUAGGACCAGAGGGACAGUGCGCCGAGAAAUUCGCCAGACCCUACGCCCCCGACGGUAAGAGUUGGUGCGCCAAAUACAAAUCCCUGUCCGAGUGGCUACAAGUGGAUCUGGGUUUUCCCACUAAGGUAAUAUAA